AUGCUAAAAAUUAUUGUACCUUCAUUAAUAUUACUACCAUUGACAUGAUUUUCUAGUAGUAAAAAAGUGUGAAUCAACGUAACAGCCUAUAGUUUUUUAAUUAAUAUCAUUGCUAUAACAACAUUAUGACAAAACAGCGACGGAACUUUAAACUUCUCCUCCAUAUUUUCUAUAGACUCCCUAUCCUCACCUCUUACAGCCCUUACUAUUUGACUUCUACCAUUAAUACUCCUAGCUAGUCAAAAACAUAUUAAAAAAGAAACCGUACUUAAUAAAAAGCUUUAUAUCUCCAUACUUGUAACCUUACAAAUUCUUCUAAUUAUGACAUUUUCUGCUAAUGAAUUAAUCAUAUUUUAUAUCCUUUUUGAAGCUACUUUAAUCCCAACAUUAAUUAUUAUUACCCGAUGAGGAAAUCAAACAGAACGAUUAAACGCAGGAUUGUACUUCUUAUUUUACACAUUAAUUGGUUCCAUUCCCCUUCUCAUCGCUCUUAUUUCAAUUCAAAAAUCCCUAGGAACAUUAAAUAUUCUACUUUUAUCACUAAACACUUCAACACUAGAUAACAACUGGUCUAAUUACAUCCUAUGAUUAGCAUGUAUAAUAGCUUUUAUAAUUAAAAUGCCUCUAUAUGGAGUUCACUUAUGACUACCCAAAGCUCAUGUAGAAGCUCCUAUUGCAGGAUCAAUAAUUCUAGCUGCAAUUUUACUGAAACUAGGUGGUUACGGAAUAAUACGAGUAUCAAUUAUCCUUGAUCCUAUAACAGAGACUAUAGCAUAUCCCUUCAUUCUUUUAUCACUAUGAGGUAUACUUAUAACAAGUUCUAUCUGCCUACGACAAACAGAUCUAAAGUCAUUAAUCGCUUACUCUUCAGUAAGUCAUAUAGCACUAGUUAUUGCAGCUAUUAUAAUUCAAACUCCCUGAAGUUUUAUAGGAGCCUCAGCAUUAAUAAUCGCACAUGGACUCACAUCAUCACUAUUAUUCUGCCUAGCAAAUACUAACUAUGAACGAAUCCAUAGUCGAACUAUAAUUAUAGCCCGAGGCCUUCAAACAGCAUUCCCUCUAAUAGCAACUCUAUGAUUUCUAGGAAGCCUGGCAAACCUAGCCUUACCCCCUUCAAUUAACCUAAUUGGAGAACUACUUAUUACAAUUACACUAUUCUCCUGAUCACACCUGUCAAUCAUUCUUGUAGGUACAAAUAUCCUAAUUACAGCUCUAUACUCACUCUAUAUACUUAUCAUAACCCAACGAGGAAAACUUACAUUUCAUAUAAACAACCUCCAACCUUCCUACACACGAGAGUUAACCCUAAUAAUACUACACAUCACACCUCUAAUCCUACUUAUCAUGAACCCUAAACUAAUUCUAGGUCCCACAUUAU